UAGAAGAGGCCUACCGGUUUUAUUGUGAUUCAUAGUUCAAAAUUAUUGGUUUAAUACUCUGGCGGCAAAAAAUAACAUUACUGAAAUUGAAGCUCUGUCCCAGCACUGAAGCAGGGGGAAAUGGAAGAUAGCCAUAGCGAGUCCAUCUUCGAUUCGUUGAAUUUGAACCCGCAGCUCUUCAUCAAUGAAGUUCUUAACAUCGUCGACGAUCUGGUCGACGUCGCUUUCAAUUUCUUCCUCCAGGAGGCUUCUAUGCUGCUAAAAACUGAGGGCACAGAUCGGUCUGCGGAGCUAAGCAAGGGCAUCUCAUAUGUUCGGAGUUUGAUCCAGUCGACCCUGGACCAGCGUAUGCAAAAAUGGGAAGAGUAUUGUCUUCGAGUUUGUUUCGGUGUACCCAAAGGAUUCUCACUGCCGAAAUCUGGGGAUUACAGUGAUGACCUGUAUCUGAGGCCCUUAGUACUUGUUUCCCAAGAAGUUUGCAUUGUUAUGGAGUUUUCUGGGGAUGAUUUACCAGAACUUGAUGCUUUCACCGAUGCAGAGCUAGAUGAGCAGUUGAAUUCAUUGCGUGACAGACUUGCUUUGGUCGGCAAAGAAUCUGCUGAGCUUGGCAGAAAAGUUUGUGCACUGGAGGGGCAGUCUUUUUCAAGCAAACAGUCUGCUGAGUCCAUUGAUGAAGCAUUGCAAUCAUACUUGAAACAAGAUGCCACUCUAUUGUUCCAAGACCUGACAAACAUGGCAUCAGAGUUUCGUGCAAGAUUGCUGAAUUUGAAAAGGAAAAGGAUCGAGGAAAUUCAACGCGAUCGAGAGGGCAGACUGCGUGCAAGGCUUGUUGAUGAUGUGCUCAGGAUGCCUCGUGGAAAUGGUCUGUUUGUUGCAGACCUGGAAAAACUUCAGGACUUUUUGGAUGAGAUAACGACGUCGUAAUUAGCUUUUGCCUUGUGUGAGGACUUGGACUUGGACUCAUCGUUGUUGUUAUUAGUCUUAUGACGUAUCGAAUCAUGGGUGUGAUUGGAUAUGAAUUUGAUUGGUUUUUACUAGUUUUUUAUUAAUCAUAGUUAAUUUUAAAAAAUGUGGUGUUGUUGUUAGUGAGAAUUUAAGUUUACACUAAAAUAAUAUUUAAAAUAAAAUAAUUA